AACUAUUUAUUUUCAAGUUUUAUUCGGAAGACAACGAUGGACUCCGAUGUCAUGUGAAUUUUUUUCAAAAAAUCAUAAAGAUAAUAAAUGGAUUUACAGGACAUGUAAUGAUAAUAAAAAAUAAAACUAACAGAAUGGAAGAAACUACUUCUGUUGAUGGCUCUUUACCACAGACAGGCAUGGAAUGUGAAAACACAGGAGUUUACAUAUGUGUCGUUACAGACUUUAACAACAAUGUCAACCAAAGAAAGUUAGUCAAAACAUCGCCAGGAUGUCCUGUCAAGUUCUGUGACGCUACAUAUAGGACUAUCCUCAAUGCAGCCGUCAAUACAGCAGUUAAUUUUAGUUUAUGUUUAUUUUAUAACGACAAUAUCGAACUAGUAGCAGUAAAUACACCUACAGAAUAUAUACAAUUAGUAAGCAAGAGUUAUUAUAAGAGUGAAAAUUAUUUGCUCCUACACUUUCUCAUAGACAACGUCCAUCAAUCGUUUCCUGGUAACCAUACAAUAGAAAUUAUAACAGUGAAUAAGAGAAGUGAGAAACGAGAAACCCUCAACAGAAUGAUUACAUUGGUAACUCAAACUACUUUUGAAUUGUGUAAUGCAACAAGUAAUAAUACACAGCUGAUGGCCAGCCUGGACCAAAAUAUAACUAUGGAGAUUUGCAUUAAAGGUUCUUCGAAAUACUUAAAAAGUGUUACCAUAAAUGAGCGCAUCUUUAAUUUGAGUGACACUUCUGUUCAAAGUGGUAAACAAGUAGUUAUCAGGACAAACUCCUCAGAAACGUAUUUCUUGCAAGUGACAAUUUUCAACAUUCAACAAGAUACUCCUACCUCUUAUAAUGUGAAAUUGAAGUCUAUUUACCAAGACGUUAUGUUGUUUAGAUUUAGAAUAAAUCUGGAAGAUUCUUUAAACCUGUGUGAAAAAGAGAAGAACUUUACCUCAAUUAAAACACAAAUGUAUGGAACUGUUACAAUCCACAUCUGCUAUAUAACAAACUCUGGUCCACUAGAAUAUUGUGGAAUCGACAAUGAACUUUAUAGAAUCAAUGACCCAGAAGACAAAGAGGAUAUAUAUGUCAGUGUUGAACAGUUUCAUAUUGGUUCAAAGUACUUUAUGCAAAUUUAUUUUAGAAAUGUAACACAGACAAAAGUCCACAGUGUUUUGCUGAAAACAAGUAAAAGUCGAAGUUUGCGUUCUGCAGUUAAUGUCUCAAUAUCAGCAGCUGAAGACUAUGAAUUCAAAAGCUGUGUAGGACAUGAAAUUAAAACCUAUUACUAUGCACAGCUUACUAUGAAUAUGUCUAUAUGUGUAUUGGUUAGUGCCUCCGGGAAGCAUCAAGCACGCAUUCAGCAACUGCCUUACAUUCACCAUGGAUUAGCUAACACUUCUAUGCAAGAAAUAAGCAAUGUGAAUAUAAGUCAAAAUGGUACUCGAGUAAUUUUCAAUGUUAUCAAUGUGACUGAAUAUAAUUUCGGAAGAUAUGAUUUAAAAUUUACAAUUUGUGAUAACACAACCAUUGAGUAUACGUUUUAUUUAAUACAUGAUGUAUUAAGUUUACCAAGUUCUCUAUGCAACGGAGGCAAUACAAACAUUAGAAUAGAAGCUUCAAGAGAUUCUUUGUUGACAAUUUGCUUCAGGACAUUUGGACAUUUAGAUCGGGCUAUAACAAUAAACAAUAUUCGUGUACCAAUUGUUUCAAAUUUUAGAGGCCAUCAAAAUUCUCUCCGCUCUAUAUCAAAUUUAACAUUGGAUUCAAAGAAUAUCUUAGUUUACAGUAGCUGGAACCAGCAAUUGGUGACACGAUAUAUUCAGAUAGAAUUGGUGCCAACUAAAAGUCAAGAAAUGAAGAUUGAAUUUGAUUCCAUUAACAGAAUCCUGAUAUAUAACAUUUCUUUGAAUGGAACACAGCCUGAAGGAAAUGAAGCUUCAGAGAAUAACAGAACCAACGAAUUGUCUACAUAUUCACAUGGCAAUAACCAAACAGCGUUCCAUACUGACAUUCACAGUGCUUCAGUUCUAUAUGCAGUACCGGUUGUCGCUGUCGUAGUGUGUACAUUGGUUAUAUUCAUUGUUUUUAUUGUUAGAAAGAAAGCUAAAGUCAAGCAUAAAGGAGUUGAAGCUCUACAGCUAGAUCUAUAUAAAGACGUCCAGACAACUGAUAACGAUUACGUCAAUGUAGAUAACCUAAAUGACGUCAUAUACAUGAAUCUCAAGACUUCAAGACCUAGAUCUUUGCGUCUUGUGCCCAACGCUCCAGACUUGACGAAGGACUUGGGUGAAAGAGUUUAUAUGAACACUGGUGACUUGGAACAUGAGAUUACAUUUAAUAGGCUAGAAGACGGCAAUCAGAAUGAUCAGCCAAGCGGCAGGUACAUCUCAGAUGAAGGUCUACUCUACGUCACAGUAUCUCACGCUAACAGUCUGAGAAGCGCCAACUCCUCGGCGUCAUCACGCCAAACUGAUAAUGUCAUCUACGCUUCUCUCGACCUGGAAAAAUCCGGCAAAAUUCCAUUACUUCAGUUCAAACGUAGCAGACACAAACAGAAGAAAAAGAUUAGUGACAAAAAAUCUAUGCCAAAGGAAGAUUUACUUUAAUAUCUUUAAGUUCUAGUCAUAUGAACUCAUUUAAUUUAUCAUGACACCCGAAAAACAAUUGAAAUAUUUGUUAAUGUGAAUCUGUUUUGAAAAUUCAAACUUUCAUAAAUUUUAAUGGUGCUUUUCAAAACAGUGUGAUUUUUGUUAUUAUAUUUCUUUGGAAAACUAUUGUCUUGUGCACACACCAACUAGCCUGCAAAACAUUUUAUAAACAGCGAUGCAUGGCUUUUAAAAAGAAAAUAUAAAUGUGUUCCAAAAAUGUUUUUACCUUACUAUAUAUAAAAUAAAUACUUCAUACUAAAAAAAAAAA